CACCGCCCACGGCCCCUCCUCCGCCCCCGGAGGUGGGGCCCCGCGCUUGACACCUGGCUACGGGGCGCCCUGCUGCUUGCCUCAGUUUACCCCCCAGCACCGGCUGCCGCGGGGAGAGCCCUUGCUCCCCGGCUGGGAGUGCACCCCAAGAGGCGAAGUCGAGAGGCGCCGAGGAAGCGGCCUCCGGCCCUGGGAGGAGAGAUCGGCCCCCGCCGCCGCCUCCGCCAAGCCCCCGCCACUCGCCGUUGACAUGGUAACCGACGGCCGCCAGGGGGCGCGACGAUACUGGCGGCGCACCUCUCUUAGGAGGCUGCUAUUUUUGGGCCCAACUCACAGAAGACGAAACAGGCUCAGACUGGCCUAGUGACCCGCUGAAGAUCACACAGCCAGGGGGCUUCCAAGGUGAGAGUUAAAGCCAGGUCCCUUGGCUCUCAAAGCCCAGGGUCAUUGGUUCACCAUCAUGCUACUCCGCCCCAAUGCUGGGCAAGCAGGCCCACCAAGGAAAAGCAUCUGUUGAGCAGUGUGGCUCCCCUAGGGCCAGGGCCCAGGAGGGCGGGAAGGCCCGUUGCCCUCGCAGGAAGCUUGAGAUGUCUUUGGCUUUGGUUUUUAAGACAGGGUCA